GCGAGAGGUAAUUCGCCCACAGCGCGGCGGGAAUGUGGACCUGAGCGCCGCGGCGCGGGGAGGGGUGCUCCGGGACGGGGGUGCGGGGGUUCCCCCCCAGAGGAGGUGGCGCUGCCCGAGCUGAGCUUAAAGCACGCAUAUGAGUUAUGCAGAGACAGGGGAGUGUGGAGAAAGAGCAAUAUUCUGGGAAUGGGCAAGUUCCUGGGGAGGGUGGAGAGCGCCUUUCGUCCCAGGAAGUGAAAGAAGCGGGGAGCGGGACGGGAAAUGAGGCUGCGGGAGAUGAGAGCGUCCCGGUAGCAGGGACACCUUUUAAGUAACCCUGAUGCGUGAUAAUAGGGACUUGAAUUAGGACUCUAGCAGGGACAAAUUGUCAGCAGUUAGGAGGUAUAGUUGACCUGCAGGGGGUUUGAACACGAUUCCUGCUACCGGGAGAUGCUCUGCGCCUACCGGACACUAGUCCUUUCCCAGGGGCUUUGGUUCCCACCAAAGACUCUCAACUCGUUCACUUCCGUUUUUUGCUGUUUUCAGUUCAUCUUCAGCCUUUCUACCGAGUGUUUUCAUCUCUGUUUCGAAUGGCUUGAAUUUCUCCUAUUCUGAAAAGAGGGAAACUUUUACCUCAUCCCAAAUUAAUUUAACAAGUGUUUAUAGUGUACAGUUUGCCUGGCACUGUGCUCAGCUCUGGGGACACAACCGUCAACAAAAGACACCCAGUCUUUGCUUUUGUCGAGUUUUACAGUUAAGUGGGGAAGGCAGGCACUGAUGGAAGAAUCACAAAUGCUUAUGAAGUUACAGUUGGUAUAAGAGCAGCAGUGGAAGAAUGAAGGUUUGGACUAGACGACUCCUAAGACUGUUUCCGUGUAAACCGUGCUACGCCUUUGAGCAGAUAAACCUCCUUCUUACACCUGUGCUCCCAGAAACCCCUAAAGAAGCCCUGUCCACACGCGGAGUCACAGUUCGCAUCCGGGAUGCACAGUGGAUCAUGAAGAAGCCACGAGCGGCUGUGGGCAGCGGAGGUCGUCGCGGGAAGCAGGCAUCCAGCGGGGAGGGAAGGGGAAGGUGUGUCCGCGGCAGCCGCCAGGCCAAGUCCUCUGGCCUGGCCAGGCAGCAGGAGGAGGUGGUAUCGCAGGCCUCUGUCUCCCUGUACCAUCUAUUCAGAGAUGUGGCAGAGGUCACAGCCUUCCGGAAGAGCCUGCUGAGCUGGUAUGACCGAGAGAAACGGGACCUGCCCUGGAGAAGGCUGGCGGAGAGUGAGGUGGACCCCGACAGGCGGGCGUACGCUGUGUGGGUGUCAGAGGUCAUGCUGCAGCAGACCCAGGUGGCCACGGUGAUCAACUACUACACCCGGUGGAUGCAGACGUGGCCGACCCUGCGGGACCUGGCCAGCGCUUCCCUGGAGGAGGUCAACCAGCUCUGGGCUGGCCUGGGCUAUUACUCUCGAGGCCGCUGGCUACAGACAGGCGCCCGGAAGGUGGUCGAGGAGCUAGGAGGCCACAUGCCACGAACAGCAGAGACCCUGCAGCGGCUCCUGCCUGGCGUGGGGCGGUACACAGCCGGGGCCAUUGCUUCCAUUGCCUUUGGCCAGGCAGCUGGUGUGGUGGACGGGAAUGUAGUUCGGGUGCUGUGCCGCGUCCGAGCCAUAGGUGCUGACCCCCGCAGCACCCUCGUCUCCCAGCAGCUCUGGAGCCUAGCCCAGCAGCUGGUGGACCCAGCCCGGCCAGGGGACUUUAACCAGGCAGCCAUGGAGCUAGGGGCCACGGUGUGCACCCCCCAGCACCCACUCUGCAGCCAGUGCCCUGUGCAGAGCCUCUGCCGGGCGCACCAGAGGGUGGAGCGGGAGCAGCUUUCAGCCUCCCAGAGCUUACCGGGCACUUGUGACAUAGAGGCGUGUGCUCCCAACACCGGACAGUGCCAGCUCUGCGCACCUCCCACGGAGCCCUGGGACAAGACCCUGGGAGUGGCCAACUUUCCCAGAAAGGCCAAUCGCAAGCCCCCCAGGGAAGAGAGCUCUGCCAUCUGUGUUUUGGAGCAGCCCAGGGCCUUUGGAGGUGCCCGACUUCUGCUGGUACAGAGGCCCAACUCAGGUCUGCUGGCAGGACUGUGGGAGUUCCCGUCCGUGGCCGCAGAACCCUCGGAGCAGCUCCAGUGCACGGCUCUGCUGCAGGAACUGCAGAAUUGGGUCGGACCCCUCCCGGCCACCCGCCUCCAGCACCUGGGGGAGGUGGUCCACAGCUUCUCUCACAUCAAGCUGACUUACCACGUGUACGGCCUGGCCCUGGACGAACAGACCCCGGUGACGGUCCUACCCGCUGACGCUCGCUGGCUCACCCGGGAGGAGUUUCACGCCGCAGCGGUCUCCACAGCCAUGAAAAAGGUGUUCCGUGUGUAUGAGGGCCAACGGCCAGGGACCUGCAAGGCUUCCAAAAAAUCCCAGGUGUCCACCCUGUCCAGACGGAAAAAGCCCAGCCCAGGCCAGCAAGUCCUGGAUAAUUUCCUGCGGCCCCCCAUCCCCGCUGAUGCACCCAGCCUCGACAGUACAGCCCAGUGAUGCCUCUGUUAGUUCUCAUCCCCUGAGAAUCUUGUUUAAUAAAGUGCUUAUUUUUGUAAUCA